AUGUUAAAACCAAAAGCUUUAACUCAAGUCUUAAGUCAAGCAAACACUGGCGGCGUAGAAAAUACAUUAUUGUUAAAUCACCAAGGGGCACUUCUAGCGUAUUCUGGAUACAAUGACAAAGAUGCAAGAGUAACAGCAGCAAUUGCAAGUAAUGUAUGGUCUGCAUACGAGAAGCAUGCCAGAAAUGUUUUUAAAGAAGAUAAAUUACAUCUAAUAUUAGUUGAUUGUUUAAAUGGAAAAAUUGCUGUCACUCAAGUUGCAAACUUGCUUUUGUGUCUUUAUGCUAAAGAAACAGUUGGAUUUGGUAUUUUAAAAGAAAAAAUACAUGCAAUAGCACAGUACCUAGAGGGACCUCUAAAACAAGUUGCUAGUUCA